CCACUCUAGGCUGCGAGCUGAUGGAGGACGAGGAUGGGGAAGAACAGGCGCUGCUCGGGGGCCGCCCCGAGGCAGACAGCGCGGUCCAGGGCGCCCCUCGUGCUCUGCCAGCGCUCUGCGACCCCAGCCACCUGGCGCACCGGCUCGUGGUGCUGUCGCUGAUGUGCUUCCUGGGCUUCGGCAGCUAUUUCUGCUAUGACAACCCUGCGGCCCUUCAGACUCAGGUUAAACGGGACAUGCAGGUGAAUACCACGAAGUUCAUGCUGCUGUAUGCCUGGUAUUCCUGGCCCAAUGUAGUUUUGUGUUUCUUGGGUGGCUUUCUGAUAGACCGAGUAUUUGGAAUAAGAUGGGGCACAGUUAUUUUUAGCUGCUUUGUUUGCAUUGGACAGGUUAUAUUUGCUCUGGGUGGUAUAUUUAAUGCUUUUUGGCUGAUGGAGCUUGGAAGGUUUGUGUUUGGGAUUGGUGGGGAGUCCUUAGCAGUUGCCCAGAAUACAUAUGCUGUGAGUUGGUUUAAAGGGAAAGAAUUAAACCUGGUGUUUGGACUUCAACUCAGCAUGGCCAGAAUUGGAAGCACGGUGAACAUGAACCUCAUGGGCUGGCUGUAUGGGAAGAUUGAAGCAUCACUGGGCUCAGCUGGCCACAUGACCCUGGGCGUGACACUUAUGAUUGGGGGUAUAACAUGCAUUCUUUCACUAAUCUGUGCUUUGGCCCUUGCUUAUUUGGAUCGGAGAGCAGAGAAAAUACUUCAUAAAGAACAAGGAAAAACAGGUGAAGUCAUUAAGUUGACGGAUAUAAAGGACUUCUCCUUACCCCUGUUGCUGGUCUUCGUCAUCUGUGUCUGCUACUACGUGGCGGUAUUCCCUUUCAUUGGGCUGGGCAAAGUUUUCUUCAUAGAGAAAUUCAGAUUUUCUUCCCAGUCAGCAAGUGCAAUUAACAGUGUUGUGUAUAUCAUAUCAGCUCCCAUGUCCCCAGUAUUUGGACUCCUGGUGGAUAAAACUGGGAAGAACAUCAUCUGGGUCCUGUAUGCGGUAGCUGCCACCCUCGUGUCCCAUAUGAUGCUGGCCUUCACCUUCUGGAACCCAUGGAUUGCUAUGUGUCUCUUGGGGUUUUCCUACUCAUUGCUGGCCUGUGCGUUGUGGCCGAUGGUGGCAUUCUUAGUUCCUGAACACCAGCUGGGAACUGCAUAUGGAUUCAUGCAGUCUAUUCAGAACCUUGGGCUGGCCGUCAUCUCCAUCCUUGCUGGCAUGAUACUGGAUACGCGGGGAUACUUGCUUCUGGAGGUGUUCUUCAUUGCCUGUGUUUCUUUGUCACUGUUAGCUGUGGUCUGUCUGUAUUUGGUGAACCGUGCCCAAGGUGGGAAUCUAAAUUAUUCUGCAAAACAAAGGGAACGGAUGAAGCUUUCUUAGCCAGAAUAAAGCUCUGAAAUGACUGUGCCGUGAGAAGGGAUAGCAGGGAUAGCAUUCGUCGCUGACUGGAAACCUUCAGGAAGAGUUUCUUUUUAAAAAAGUCAUUUAGAAAAAUAAUAGAGUGGAUAAUAUAUUUAUAUUUGAAAUAAAUAUACUUAAAGUGGUUCAUGUAGACUAUUUAAGCCUUUUGUAACCAUGUGUUAUGAAAGAUUUCUAGUCAACAAUGAACAGUUUAGGGAAUCUGGAACAUUCAGGCAAAGUUCAGUAAGGACCUCUGUAAGGGUCUGCAUCUUCUGCCGGGGUGGUUUUUAAUAAGUGCAUCCUUCAAAUGUAGCCUUUCUUUUGUAUUAUAGCAGGAAAAAGGAAAAAAGUGCACAAAACCUGAGGAAGGGGCUGGGGUAGAAGGCUGUUACAUACAUAAUCAAGAAUGACAUUUAACUAUGCUCACCACAUCCUAGAGAACAGUGUGUAGUUGCUCCAUAUUUUCCACUAGAGAUUAUGAAUGUCAUUAGUGAUGGCUGCUGGGCAGCAAACCUUUGGAACUUUUUUCUUUCUUUUUCUUAAAGAUAAUAAAAGUGUCUUUCAGUUUAUGAUGGCUACCUAUGUACAUGAGCACAUAAAACCAAUGCAAAAGGUAUACCUGAUGUCUUCCUUAUAUUUCUAAAUCAUUGCAACAGUAAUUUCAAGUUUUCUGUGGAAGAUAAUCUCCAGGAAUCAAAGCUGCAAUCAAGAAAAUGUCCUAAGUAGAGUCUCAUUGAAUAGGUUUAUAGGGGUAGGGUACACGUGGUACAUAGCAUUGUAUGCUUAAAGCUUUGGCAUCAAGGGAAUGGAGACAUGACUCAGUGGGUUAAGAACAUUUACUGCUCUUCAAGAGGCCCCCAGUUCAGUUCUUAGCAUCCACAUGGGGCCACUCGUAGUCCCCUGACUCCAGCUCCAAGAUCCAGCGCUGUCUGGCCUCCUCGGGCCAUUGCUUUGAAAAUGCAUUCCUUUUCUUUUGGGUUUAUAGUUAUGCAUUCUUCACCUGUGAGUUUCAAGGCUUUGACUACAUGUGGCUCUUGUAGCACAUGCUAAUACGUGACGUGGCUUCUCCGCACUGGCUGGCCUUUCCAUUGUGUGUCCACACAAGUGUGGGGAGCCUUGACGGGUUGUCCAUCUUGAUUUCCUUUUCUUAAAGUGUAUUCUCUAGUGCACACCCUGGUUUCAUUUGAUUUUAAAUAAAAACCUUAGUUUCCAGCCCAGAAUCAUUAUAACAUAGAAACUUCGCAGGACACUCAGGCCAUAUACAACUUCUGAUACCUAUGAACUUUGAAAACUCAUACUGUGCCUUUUUAGCUCACUCCAGUUUGUCAGGAAUUUUUGGUACCAUGGGUUUGGGGUAUAUUUGUUCUUCCUAAGACUGUCAGCUCCACAAGAGCAGGGGCAUUGUCUGGUUUAUUAGUGAAUGUAUCCCAGUGCCUAGCAUAAUGUAUAUAAACAACUUUUCUUUCUUUUUGAAUAAUUUAUAAAAUAAAAAGUAAUUGGAAUAA